UUUGUGUAAAACAAUAUCUUUUUUUUAUGCCAUGGCCGUGAACUCCAACUUCAAGCUUCCUAUAAUGCGAAAUGCUUUGUUGGUUGCUCUGCUGGCUUCCUGGGUUUGUUCAGUUGCUGCCUCUGUUUCCUACGACCGUAAGGCUAUCACCAUUAAUGCCCAAAGAAGGAUCCUCAUUUCUGGAUCCAUUCACUACCCAAGAAGCUCCCCUGAGAUGUGGCCAGAUCUUAUACAGAAGGCUAAAGAAGGAGGGCUAGAUGUGAUUCAGACAUAUGUUUUCUGGAAUGGUCAUGAGCCUGCACCUGGCAAGUAUUACUUCGAAGGCAACUAUGAUUUGGUCAAGUUUAUUAAGCUGGUGAAGCAAGCGGGCCUCUAUGUUCAUCUCAGGAUUGGUCCUUAUGUUUGUGCUGAAUGGAACUUUGGGGGUUUUCCUGUAUGGCUCAAGUACAUUCCCGGUAUUAAUUUCAGAACAAACAACGGACACUUCAAGGCUCAAAUGCAAAGAUUUACAGAGAAGAUUGUUGGUAUGAUGAAAGCUGAGAGGUUAUUUGAGUCUCAAGGAGGUCCUAUUAUUCUAUCUCAGAUUGAAAAUGAAUAUGGGCCCAUGGAAUACGAACUUGGUGCACCAGGUAAAGCUUACAGUGACUGGGCGGCUAAAAUGGCAGUGGGACUAGGCACCGGUGUCCCAUGGGUCAUGUGCAAGCAAGAUGAUGCACCCGAUCCUAUUAUUAAUGCCUGCAAUGGCUUCUACUGCGACUACUUUUCUCCGAACAAGGCCUACAAACCAAAGAUGUGGACUGAAGCCUGGACAGGCUGGUAUACUGAGUUUGGAGGGGCAGUUCCUUACCGACCUGCUGAAGACAUGGCAUUUGCAGUUGCAAGGUUUAUACAGAAAGGAGGAGCCUUCAUAAAUUAUUAUAUGUACCACGGAGGAACAAAUUUUGGCCGAACUGCUGGGGGUCCUUUCAUUGCCACUAGCUACGAUUAUGAUGCUCCUCUUGAUGAAUAUGGACUAAAGAGGCAACCAAAAUGGGGCCAUUUGAAAGAUUUACAUAGAGCUAUAAAGCUCUGUGAACCAGCUUUAGUAAAUGGAGAUCCAACUGUGAUUCGACUUGGAAACUAUGAGGAGGCUCAUGUAUUUAAUUACAAAGCUGGAGGUUGUGCCGCCUUACUCGCAAAUUACAACCCAAGAUCUUAUUCAAAAGUUGUCUUUAGGAACAUGCACUACAACCUGCCUCCUUGGUCUAUUAGCAUUCUUCCUGACUGCGAGAAUACGGUGUUUAAUACUGCAAGGAUCAGUGCCCAAGUUUCACGGAAGAAGAUGGUUCCAGUUCCCCUGCAUGGAGGAUUCUCUUGGCAGGCAUACAAUGAAGAGACAGCUUCAGAUGUUGACAGUUCAUUCACAAUGGUGGGGUUGUUGGAGCAGAUAAAUACAACCCGAGAUGCAACCGACUAUUUGUGGUACACAACAGAGGUUAAGAUUGACCGCAGUGAAGAAUACUUCAGAAAUGGAAAAUCUCCUGUUCUUACUGUCUUAUCAGCUGGCCAUGCUUUGCAUGUUUUUGUCAACGGUCAACUAUCAGGAAGUUCCUAUGGAAGUCUAGAAUUCCCCAAAAUAACAUUCAGCCAAGGUGCUAAUCUGAGAGCUGGUAUCAAUACAAUUUCACUUCUAAGCAUUGCUGUUGGUCUCCCAAAUGUCGGACCACAUUUUGAGACAUGGAAUGCCGGUAUUCUUGGCCCAGUUACAUUGAAUGGUCUCAACGAGGGAAGGAGAGAUCUCUCAUGGCAGAAAUGGUCUUACAAGAUUGGUCUUAAGGGAGAAGCAUUGAAUCUUCAUUCACUAAGUGGUAGUUCCUCGGUGGAGUGGUCACAGGGGUCAUUUGUGGCACGAAGGCAACCACUGACAUGGUACAAAACGAUUUUCAAUGCUCCAGCUGGGAAUGCUCCUUUGGCUUUAGACAUGAAUAGUAUGGGCAAAGGCCAGAUAUGGAUUAAUGGACAGAGCAUUGGACGCCACUGGCCUGCGUAUAAAGCAUCUGGAAAUUGCGGUGUCUGUAACUAUGCUGGAACGUUUAAUGAGAAAAAAUGCGGAACUAAUUGUGGGGAGGCAUCUCAAAGAUGGUAUCAUGUUCCUCGUUCAUUGCUCAACCCGACCGGAAACUUGUUGGUAGUGUUUGAGGAAUGGGGCGGAGAUCCAAACGGGAUUUCUUUGGUUCGCAGAGAAACUGACAGCAUUUGUGCAGAUAUCUAUGAGUGGCAACCAACCCUGAUGAAUUACCUGAUGCAAGCCUCUGGUAAAGUUGACAGACCCCUAAGGCCAAAAGUCCAUUUAGAGUGUGAUGCGGGGCAGAAAAUAUCGGUAGUGAAGUUCGCCAGCUUUGGAACUCCAGAAGGGGUCUGUGGAAGCUACCGUGAAGGAAGCUGUCAUGCUCACCACUCUUAUGAUGCUUUUAAUAGGCUUUGUGUAGGACAAAACUUCUGCACGGUGACUGUAGCACCCGAAAUGUUUGGAGGAGAUCCAUGUCCUAGUGCCAUGAAGAAACUUGCUGUGGAGGUCAUUUGUAGCUGAUAGAACACAUCAGAAAGUAUGGAUUCUUCAUUGUUUCCCCCCCUCAAUCCAACAUACCGCUCAGCAUUUUGUUAGUUUUUAUCGGGUAAAUCAGCCCACAAUGCCAAUAUCACUACACCAAUCAUUUGUUUCAGCAUUCCCAGAUGAAGUUGUAUAAAUACACAACAUACCCCUGGUUAGAAGUUCGUGUAGAUUGUGAAAAAUGAUUGAGGAUAAGCUCUAUGUAUAUAUGUGUUUUUUCCAGCAUAAUAUACAGAAUUUCGAAGAAGUGAUGAAGUUCGUAGAAGCUCAAACAGACGAUAGUUUAUGCCAAGUCCAUGCGCAAAUCUUUUGUUAUUUAGGAUAUGGAAAACCUCUGGUUUGUAGUAAAAUCUAUUGCCCUUGUAAUUUAGUUCAACUUACUGGGAAGCAAUUCCCUCAUUACUUUGUACUUGUAAUUGUAAGAAUAGCUCAAGGGGGAAAAUAUUAAGUAUUUCAAAAUUGUCUCAAGUA